GUGUUUUUCAUUUUCGUAUUAUACUCGCAGACAUUAUCAUACAUUGAAUAUCUACCAAGAAUAUUUUCACAAUGGAUACAAUCUUUUACUGUGGUCAUUAAGAGGUGAUCAAGGAACUAAGUGGAAAAAAGGCCAAGUCACAGUUAAUUUUACAAUGGGUCUAUCUAGGUUAAUCGUUGAAGCUGUUUUGGUGUAUCUCUACAACUUUGCAGCUAUCGACAAUCUUGCUUUUGCUCCAGGAAGCUGUCACACAAUACCAAAGGUGGCCAUUCCUAGCAAAGCUUUUGUAAAAAAAUAUAAAUUUACGAUUUAUCCAGAAGAUGUGACCAGUAGAGUUACUGAAGGCUCAAACUUUGAAUUUCGUUGUGAGUAUGAAAAAGGAUCAACAAAAAUUAAAUGGUUCAGACGACGAAGACUAAAUGGUACAGAAUUUGAGGAUACUGUUCCUGAAAAUCUUAUUACUGUUAGAACAACUCCUCAAAAAAGUGUUGAAGUGUAUCGCAUUCCAAGAGUGUCUAUAAACGAUGCAGGUGUUUACAGAUGUGGAGUUGAUGGAAAAAAUAACAGGAUAAUUUCAUCCAAAAUACGCAUUUUAGAAGUCAUAGAAAGAAGAGCUGCCAAAUUUAAAUCUGUGAAGAAUUUUUUUCAUUUUAAUGAAACUAAGAAAGCUGAGAUAACGCUUUUGGUUGAGGAAUUUCCAUUUCCAAAUAUCACUUGUUAUAAGGAUGGCAAAGAAAUUAUAUGUUGUAUUGGAAAGAAAAUGAAAGUUUCUCGAAAUUUUAACUUUUCGACCUGCGAACAGGAUCAGUAUGGAUUAAACGGUGUCCCUCAGUUGGUUAUUGAAUCAAUCUCUUUUGUGAAAGAUGAUGGAAACUACACAUGUGCUGCCACUACUAACAAUCCACCUGGGAGGGACGUUGUUUCAUUUUACGUCAAUGUUGGAGUGCCACCACCCAUCAGCACAGGAAAUAGUAAAUAUUUCACAGCACGACACAACACUGAAGGCAAGAUUAAAUGCAUGAUAAGAUGGUCUAAUCCAAGACCCAAUAUAACUUGGUAUCAACAAAUCGUUAUCAACAGUAGUGAACCUGUUUCGAAUAACUGGACCCUUUCACUGUAUAAGUCGUCGUUUAAAAAAGGAAAAAACAAAGGACAAUAUAAAAGUAUUUUGAAGAUACCGUGGUCUGAGGAUGAAGGCUCAAUGUUGUUCAGAUGUGUUGCUCAAAACAUUCAUGGAAAUGACAGUAGAAUGUUUAUGUUUAUCCGAUAUGGAGAUAACUUUGAUCUUUUUAAAGUUUUUCCUUCUGGGGAAGUAAUUUUAAAUGAAAACGAGGACUUUAUGGCAAUUUGCAGAGUAGAUAUACCAGCGACUGCUAAACAAGCUUCAAUGUUGUUCAGAUGUUUUGCUCAAAACAUUCAUGGAAAUGACAGUAGAAUGUUUAGGUUUAUCCGAUAUGGAGAUAACUUUGAUCCUUUUAAAGUUUUUCCUUCUGGGGAAGUAAUUUUAAAUGAAAACGAGGACUUUAUGGCAAUUUGCAGAGUAGAUGUUUUGAUUCGUGAUAAUAUUGCGUUUUACAAAGAAAAUCCUCGUCGUGAAGUGAUAAAUAAUGAAAGAACAAACAUCACCAUAAGUAGAAAUCCUCAAUAUCGUAAUGUUACAAUGAAAAUAAGAAAUAUCAACAUCAAUGAUUCUGGAACUUACAGAUGUAGUGAAAAAAAUGCUCUCAGUAAUGAACGUGCUGUUGUAACGUUGAAUGUACGAGAAUUUCAUCCUCCAAUAAUUUAUGGUAUGAAAGAUUCCACAAUGGAUCAGUUUAAAGAUGACAACAUCGAGUUGAUUUGUAAUGUGUCAGGUAAUCCUCAGCCCAAGGUUAUAUGGUCAAGAAAUGGUGAAGAAAUUAAUGGUGAAACAAUAACAAAUUGCAACAGUCAAGUUCCUAAAUAUUACUUUAAGAAUGAUGGCACAACUCUUAUUAUUUGUGGCGUUGAUAUUUCACAAUCGGGAAAUUACACAUGCUUUGCAGAAAAUCAGUUAGGAAACGUCACAGCAACUUUUUUUCUUAAUGUUACUGAUCAUCGCCAACCAGAUUCAUUGGCCAGAAGUGGUGGUGACUUAUCAACAGGAAGCAUUGUAGGAUUAGUUAUUGGUGCGAUCGUUCUUCUGUUCAUUGUUGGUGCUGUCAUCUUCUUCUUAAACGGAAAACAAAAACGAAAGCAACACAAGAAUCAAUAUAUUCUACCUCCAGAAAAUUAUUCAAGCGACCAGAAACAUUUGCCAAUGAAAACAGUGGCUGAUUGAAUGAAACGAUUAUUGGGAAAGUUGUUGCACUGAUUGCUUUUGCAUAUGUUCAUUUGAACGACAAAACUAAUUUUGAAAUGGCUUCAAAACACUAAAGCAAUCGAUACUCGCCUGUAUACGUACUUGCAAUACAUUUUAUAAUUUCUUUUGAUACUGUCGUGGUAAUUGAAAAAUUUUACCUCCAGUUUAUUUAAAGUUGAUUAUAAAUUUUGAGAUCGGUUGCAA